AUGGCUCCCCUGCUCCUGCUCCUCCUCCUCCCCGUCCAGCUCCUCCUCGCCGUAGCCGAUGCCGUCCCCGAUUCCUGCACCAAAGCCACAUGCGGCGACCAAGACAUCCACUACCCGUUCUGGCUCAAUUCCUCUACGCCGGACUGCGGCUACCACCUGAUCGGCCUUGUCUGCGAGGGCAACUCGACGCUGAUCCUCCCCUUCAAGUCCCACAGAUACAUAGUAUCCAGCAUCGACUACAAGACGCAUACCGUCCUGGUCUCCGACGCCGACAUCGCCGACGAGUACGGGGCCGGCUGCCCGCGGCUCCACGUGAACGUCACCAUCGACACCGUCUGGCUGCGGCUCGCGCCCUCCGAUUCCAACAUCACCUUCCUCUACAGCUGCAAGAGGAACAUUACCCUGUCAUCUGCCGUGGAGUUGAGUGGGUGCCAACCACAACAACAAGAUGGCAAUAGGUCGUACGUGCUGUGGGAUGGUGGGAUCACGGGUGCUGAGGCGUACGAGUUCGAGUGCGAGGAGGUGGUGGUGGCGCCGGUGCUGGAUGUACACAAGAAGGCAGUCGUGGGCGCGCCUGGCGGUCCGCCUCCGGGGAACGGAUCCUUCCGUGAGGUGCUGCAGGGCGGGUUCGAGUUGAACUACGACACCCACAACCACCAGUGCGACCGAUGCGAGGGCUCCGGCGGAUGGUGCGGCUACCAGCGCGACGAGACGCACGCCGGCGGCUUGACGUUCACCUGUUUCUGCGAGGGCGGCCCGACCUCGGAUCGAUGCGUACCAAGUCUCCCCGUCCUCCUCUUCGUCUUCCUCGCCGUCCAUGUCCCUGUUACCCAUGCCGACCCUCCUCUUCCGAGCACUUACGACGUCUCCAUGUGCUCGGAAUCCUUCUCGUGCGGCGUCGUCGAAAUCCGCUACCCGUUCUAUCUUGCCAACGCAACCGAAGCAACCGCCGAUUACAGCGGGAACUUCUCUUGCGGCUACACCGACUUGAGCAUUUCCUGCAAACUCGAGGGGCAGACCUGGAUCCCUACCAUCCGUCUCGACGGCGACGACUACACCGUCGAGAACAUAUCCUACCACUACGACCGUCAGACCAUCCUACUGGUGGACAGCGAUGUGCUCGGAGGCGCAGGCGGCGACUGCCCUGCUGUCCGCCAUGAAGUCAGCUUCAACGAGACAUGGCUGCAUAGCAGCAGCUACAACGACAACCUCACCUUCCUCUUCGGCUGCGACCCACGCGGUCCCGUGCCGCCUGAAUUCGACGCAUACAAAAUCAACUGCACGCAGUUCAAGAGUCCGCCAGGUGCUGCCCCAGGAGACUCCUUCGUGGUCAUUAUGACUGAUGAGCAUGACAGGUAUCUGGAGCAAGAAUUGGCUACGAAGUGCGGCAACACCAUGAUUAUCACCGUGCCAGUGAGAGGCGAUGUUCUGAUGGCAGCAAGUUAUAACAAGAGCAACUUCACAAGCGGCGGAUACGGGGGCGUGCUUAAGGGUGGGUUCGAGUUGGAAUGGAGCCGUAUCACAGAGGAUGGGUGUCACCUGUGCGAGGCGUCGAACGGGCAAUGCGCCUAUAGCCAGGUUGGGGACUUCCUGGGCUGCUUGUGCCACGGAGGGAAGGCGGGCUGGCCGGACUGCGAACACAUCGUCCCUGCGACUGCGAGCACCGCAACUGCAUCACGGUCAAAAAAGAAAACAGCAAUUAUUGCAGGUGUCGUGGCUGGUGGUGCUGGUGUUGCAGGGCUUGCCGCUGCCAUAUUUUUGUUCAUGCGCAAGAGGAAGCAGAAGAAAGUGAUCAACUCAUCUUCGAAGCUCCUCAAGUACAGCGGCUCUGAUGGGACCCCGCGUUCUCGGGUCGGCGACGUGGAGUCCGGCAGCAUCGAGGACCCGCCAACGCACCUCUUCACCUACGAGGAGCUCGAGGAGGCCACCAACUGCUUCAAUGAAAACAGAGAACUCGGUGAUGGUGGCUUCGGCACCGUCUACAAAGGGUACCUCAAGGACGGGCGCGUGGUGGCGGUGAAGCGGCUGUACAACAACAGCUACCGGCGCGUGGAGCAGUUCCAGAACGAGGCGGCCAUCCUGUCCGGGCUGCGCCACCCGAACCUGGUCAUGUUCUACGGCUGCACGUCCAGCCAGAGCCGCGAGCUGCUGCUGGUGUACGAGUUCGUGGCCAACGGCACGGUCGCCGACCACCUGCACGGGCAGCGAGCCCCCGAGCGCGCCCUCUCGUGGCCGCUCCGCCUCAGCAUCGCCGUGGAGUCCGCCACGGCGCUCACCUACCUGCACGCCAUCGAGCCGCCCGUCGUGCACCGCGACGUCAAGACCACCAACAUCCUCCUGGACGCCGACUACCACGUCAAGGUCGCCGACUUCGGCCUCUCCCGCCUCUUCCCCCUCGACGUCACGCACGUCUCCACCGCUCCCCAGGGCACACCAGGGUAUGUAGAUCCAGAGUACCACCAGUGCUACCAGCUGACGGACAAGAGCGACGUCUACAGUUUCGGAGUGGUGCUGGCGGAGCUCAUCUCGUCGAAGCCCGCCGUCGACAUCACCCGACACCGCAACGAGAUCAACCUGGCCGGCAUGGCCAUCAGCAAGAUCCAGAAGUGCCAGCUGGAGGAGCUCGUCGACCUCGGCCUGGGCUACGAGACCGACCCGGCCACCAAGAAGAUGAUGACCAUGGUCGCGGAGCUGGCCUUCCGUUGCCUGCAGCAGAACGGCGAGAUGCGCCCGCCCAUCAAGGAGGUGCUCGAGGUGCUCAGGAGCAUUCAGGGUGAAUACCUGAUGGAGAAGGACGGAGACAAGAAGAACAAGGACGGGCCCGUGUCUCCCACCACGGUUCAUGCUCCGUGGGACAGCAGGACCACCACGCCCAACACCAGCAAGGACUAG